GACGUUUUUAUCCCGUGUCAUAUUACGGGUUUGGACGUUUUUAUCCCGUGUCAUAUUACGGGUUUGGACGUUUUUAUCCCGUGUCAUAUUACGGGUUUGGACGUUUUUAUCCCGUGUCAUAUAAAGGGUUCGGACGUUUUUAUUCUGUGUCAUAUAAAGGGUUUGGACGUUUUUUUGUUUUUUAAAUUUUUUUUUUAUUAUCCCGUGUCAAAUUAAAGCCACCCCGUCUCGAGCAUGUGGGAGUCAUGUGAAUACCGACGAUGAGGCGCGGGCUACUGGCUGAGAAGAGCGCGCGGCCGUAAUAACCCCGGUACUGUGGAGGAUUUCCGCGCGUGAAUUCGAUGCGAGAAUACCUCCUCCUUCCACGCAGCUAUGAACACGACUACGCAUCCCCCCCACGUCCCCGACGGCGAUGUGGCAGUCAGCUACGUGCUGGUGCCCUUCUUCUCAUUAACCGUCAUUGGCAUUAUUGUUGCAGCGGUGUUGUACCUGAGGAGGAAGCAAAGGAUCGACAGGUUGCGGCACCAGCUGCUCCCGGUCUACACAUACGACCCGUCUGAGGAGCUGAACGAAGCAGAACUGGAGAUGCUGUGGAGAGAGGAGGACACUAAGAUGGUGCAGGGAUGGAUGAGGAGCUACCAGCCCCGUUGGUCUCGGUUAGCAAAGGACCCUGAUGUGUGAUGGUCACCGCGUGGAGCUGGACGUGGUGUAGUGGCCAGAGACAACGGCAGGGCGUGCUACACCCACAGCCAGUUCUGUGCCUUCUUUAUCGCACUGUUAUGCUCACCUGGUGGAGUCCUGAGGUCAUUUUGUUGGAAGCGUGGUCACACUGCCAUUCUGAUAACCCUGUCAGUUGCUCUGGCUAGGAGAGUGUGUGUGUGUGUGUGUGUGUGUGUGUGUACUGCUGUUAACGUGCACGUUCUCGCCUGACACCACAAGGACAUGUUUAACCUCUAAGGGUUAGUAAAACUGUGCUCAGGCAGCUUAUGAAGGGUUAACAUUCAUUACCGCAUGUUUGCUUGAAAGAUGAGGUAUCAUCACUCUGCAACAAUGGUGAUUAGGAACAAGACAAGAACAGACUGAGGUUGUCUCGCAUGUCUGGGUGUUUUAUGGCCUGUUCUUAAGUGUUAAAACUCUGUUCUUUCACCACUA